CUUCUGGUCCCAGUGGACGUCUCCUUUCCUCACCUUCUCGGCUUGUAUCUUUCGUAUUCUCUUCUGGGUCUAGGGGUGCGACGAAAAUGCUGGUUUUAUAUGAAACUGCGCUUGGCUACUGUCUGUUCAAGCUCACGGAUGAUGCCAAACUCGAGAGCAAUGAUGUCUGGGAGGACUUCAAGACACCCGAGAAGGCUAACAAGCUUCUUAAGCUGAAGGCUAUUCACCGAUUCACCUCGACUGCGACUGCAGUGGAGGAGAUCACUGCAUUGCAGGAUCAAAAGCUCAGCAAGAACUUGAAGAAGUUCUUGUCAGAUGAGAUUGUCGGGAAGGGGAAGAGCAAGGAGACAUUGGCGGUCUUCGAGGCGGGCAUUGGCAAGGCAAUUAAGGAGAAGCUCAAAAUCAAGGUCGUCUCACCAAACAUGACCGAGCUCUUCCAUGGGAUCCGCUCGCAGCUCACCGCACUCCUGGACGGUCUUGACCCCAAGGAUCUCGCAACCAUGAGCUUGGGCCUCAGUCACUCACUAUCACGAUUCAAGCUCAAGUUCUCGCCAGACAAGGUGGAUACGAUGAUUGUACAGGCAAUCGCACUCCUCGACGACCUCGACAAGGAGAUCAACAUUUACGCAAUGCGUGUCAAGGAGUGGUACGGAUGGCAUUUCCCCGAGAUGGCAAAAAUCAUUGUCGACAAUAUUGCCUACGCGAAGGUUAUCAAGCACAUGGCUUUCCGGACAAAUGCUGCCUCGACAGACUUCUCUGCCAUCCUCCCCGAAGACCUGGAGGCCACUCUGAAAGCGGCCGCGGUCAUCUCGAUGGGUACCGACAUCUCAGAAUCCGACAUGGCGCACAUCAACUCGCUGUGUGACCAGGUCAUUUCCAUUUCCUCCUACCGUGCGCAGCUCGCGGAGUACCUCCGGAAUCGCAUGAACGCCAUCGCACCUAACUUGACUGCGCUCGUCGGCGACCUCGUCGGCGCGCGGCUCAUUAGCCACGCGGGUAGCCUGCUCAACCUCGCAAAACAUCCUGCAAGUACCAUCCAGAUCCUUGGAGCUGAGAAGGCUCUGUUCCGUGCGCUCAAGACAAAGCACGACACGCCCAAGUACGGCCUCAUCUACCAUGCGUCCCUCAUCGGCCAAGCACCGCCAAAACUCAAGGGCAAGAUGGCCCGUAUGGUCGCCACAAAAGCCGCACUGUCGAUCCGCGUCGACGCGCUGACCGACGCCGACGACAAGUCUGAGCCGCACGCGCCGUCAAUAGGCAUCGAGAACCGCGCGAAGCUCGAGGCGCGGCUGCAUGCGCUCGAGACGCAGAGCGACGCGUCGGCUGUGCGGUCUGCGUUUGCGGGCAAGAAGCAGGCGCGGUUCCAAAUGACAGGCGAGACCAAAACGUACAACACUGCGGCAGAUGCUGUCGACCUUGUACCGACGCAGCGCGAGCCGAUGGAGGCGGCGGUGAAGGCGGUGCUGGAUGUGAAGGCGGAGAAGAAGCGGGCGAAGGAGGAGAAGAAGGCGAAGAAGCGUGCGGCGGAGAAGGAGGAGAUCGCCGAGGGCAUCGAGGAGGCGCAAAUGGAGGUGGACGGGGAGGCGGAGAGUAAGGAGAGCAAGAAGGAGAAGAAGCGGAAGCGGAGAGAGAGUGAGGCCAUGGUCGUUGAUCAAGAGAAGCCGGAGACUGAGGAAGAACGUAAGGCGAGGAAGAAGGCACGCAAGGCGGAAAAGGCUGCUGCAGCAGAGAAUGGCGACGUGGAUGGGGAUGCAACGAAGAAAAAGAAGAAGAAAAAGUCGGAAGCAUAGCUAUUAUCAUUGCUAUCCACUAGCUCUUGUCAUAUCUUGUUGUAUUGCUUCCGCAUCCCUUUGCUUCAUCUUACACUCUUCCUUCGCAGCGAUCUCCCGGUGGGAACCGAUAAAGGUCUGGGUGCUGGAUUAUGAGCAGGCUCAAUCGGUUC